ACUCAAAAAAAUUACUCAAAAAAUACUCCUUUUCCAUAAGCAAUUUUGGGCAGCCUCCCAUCUGAAGUCCAAAUGGCCCUGACUCUACUGGCUAACCCUAAUCCCUCAGGUUUUAUUCCCAGGAUGUUAGUUGACUGAAGAGUUUAUUAUUUUAUUGUUCUUUUACUAUUUUAUAUGCUUUUAUUUUUAUGGUUUAUUAGUCAUCCAAAGUAAUAUGACUUAGCUGGGCAGCCAUGUAAAUUUGCAGUGCAAGCAAACAAUUAAACUUGCAUUGGCAUGGUUUUACACUACGGGAAUGAUGACAGUUGUGAACCAACAAAUUCAUCCAGCUAGCCUUUCAGAGUCACUUUGGAUAGUGAGAUGGACAGUAUAUAAAAUGUAUACGGUAAGUAAAAAAAAAAAAAAAGCAAGACUGCCCUCAAAGUUUGUCUACUAUUUAACCUGACUCUCCAAAAAAUUUAAUACACAUUUAUUACAAAAUGUAACUGAGUUAUGGAACUACAGUCUUAUUUUGUGGUAUAUUAAUUUACAUGGAUAUAAAACUUGGCUCCCAUUUCUUAAUCGCUUUCAAAUUUAUUUAUUUGUUACUUUUGAAAUAUUAAGAACCUGGCAAGUUUGAUGACAUUCACUGGGGGGGGUUUCCUUCAAUCCUUAAUGAAAGAAGUUUUUAGCUAUACAUUUAAAGAGUAAAUUUGGGGAAUAAAUGGGAAAAGGAUGAUUAGAGUAUUGUUUCUGUAAAGAUAUAAACAGAUUAAGGAUCAUGAUGGAUCAGAAAUAGGAUUUUGAUAUUAAUUGAAAGAAUCUUCCCCUUAGGAAAUAGUUGGUGCUUUAAAUUCUGAAAAAUACUACUGUAUGUGGUAGGAUGGGAUUUUGAAAGUUGGACACAAGCCAGAACCAGAGGGAAGUAAAAAUUAAAAGAGAAGAAUGCUUAUUCAAUUUAUGAACACAAGAUGGAGGAAAGUACCUUAACACUGGAUGUGCUGAAGGAUAUUUGUGAACCAUUUUUAAAAAUUAUCUGUUCUUUCUUUGUUAUUUCCUUUAACCCCUACUUUUAUUUUUAUAUUAUUUUUCUUUCUUUCUUUUCUUUUUUAUACUUUUAUUUUAUAGUUUGGACAACUAUAUUUGUAUAAUUCUACUGUAUUUUAUCUAUAUACUUGUAAUACUCAGUAAAAUGAUUUUUAAAUCUAUUUUUAUUUUCUGAUGGCACCACACUUCCUUGGUUAUUGCUGAUUUCUUAGCUUUUCUUUUCAUAGCUGGCUGGGGAAUUCUGCGAGUUGAAGUCCACAGGAUUUAAAAUCGCCAAGGUUGAGAAACACUUUCCUCCAUCUUGUCCUAAUUGUUGUUUGGGUUUUUCUUUUGUCCCCAUCACUCCCUACCUCACUGUUUGAAUUGUUUUCUUGGGAUUUGAUUCCCAAGCAAUUGUUUCGAGCAGUCAAAACUCUUUGAUCGUGAAGGAAGAAAGCAGGCAUGGCAAACACUGAGAGAGAGGGAGGGAGGGCUGCGGUUAACUCACACCACCCUUCCUUCUUUCCUAAGCCAAAGCAGCGCUUCUUCGCCGCCCCGAAGCCAGGCCCCCGCAGCUGAGAUGCGGCGGCCAGCGGCAUCCCCGCCCUUCCCACUCGAGUUUGCUUUCAUUUUCGGAAUCGCGGGCCCAUCGAGUUGGCUUCACCGAGCGGCUUCGUUGCUUUUGCUCCGACGGAAUCUGAGGCGGAGAAAAGAACCGCUCCUUCGGCAGAUGCACAACUAACAUCAACACUUACAUUCUAGGAUGUGUAUUUAAACUACAAUGGCAUUUUCCAUGAAACCACUGAAUUUCUGCAAACUUGCAUACAUCAGUGCAAUAACUUUGAGUUUUAGCAACUUUCUUGAAACAUCUGAAUCAUCACUCAUACUGAAUAUGAAAGCAGAGGAUUUUGAGUACAUUCUAUCAUGGAAAGCUGGAAAUAGUUCAAGAAUUCCAGUAUGCUACACAGUGAUAUACUGGUAUAAUAUGAAAAGUGAUUUUGAUUGUAAUUUACAUACCAUGGAAACAAAGUCGAAAUCAGCAGUAAAAAGCCAGGAACAAGUUAAUUCUUACAACUCCAGGUCUCCGGAAAACCAAGAUUCAGACCAUCAUGUUUUGGGACCAGGGCAGUUUGCUGCUUGCCCACCAAUGAAGCAGGCUCUAAGUGAUAUAAAAUCAAUGCAGCCCAGGAAUGUACUAAUCGAUGCAGUCCAGGGAUGUACUAAUAUUGCAAGACCAUUCUGUAAUCUAACAAAUGAAUUUGCAGAUGUUUGCCGUAGAACGGCAUAUAUUGUAGUACAGCAAUACACUAGCAAUGGAACAAAUUAUUCAGAUAUUAUACCAUUCAAUCCAUUUUCUAACCGAUGCUUCAGGCCACCUCAGUUUAAUAUUUCUGUUUGUCAAAACUGUGUAAAUGUCACAGUGAAACUUCCACCUCUGUUACUUAAAAUUUAUCAAAAACUUGAUUAUACAAUCAUAGUGGAAACAGCUGAUCUCAAGGAAAAUCGUGUUACUAAUUCAACCAAACAGGAUAAUUUCUUCACUAUUCUGGAAGAUUUGCAUGCAAAUAAAAAUUAUUGCAUUGCUGUUCAGGUGUCUACAGGUCAUAAUCCCCAGUGCACUUCCACCAUUCCAAAAUGUAUUAUGCUUGAGUCCAAUAAUCGAGAAGAUUAUAUUAUGCUUUCAAUCUUGGCUCCAUUAAUACUAGUGGUAGUGAUAAUCAUUUCAGCUUUCCUGUAUAAGGCUGGUUUUAUUUUCUUUAAAAGGAGCACAUCAUCAAAUGUCUUGAACAUCAAUCGUGACUUGGCUUAUUCAGUCUUUGAAUCAAAUCCUGAAGAAAUUUGUGAGGUCCAGGUCCAGGAAAGUGAAGCGCAACAACACAGUGAUGAUGAGAACAGUGAAAGCGAUGUUGAGAGCAAUUUGGAUACUGAAUGUGACUUCUUUAAUCAGAUUACACCAUUCUCUCAGGUGGAGAACACUCAGAAGUUGUUCACAGGUUGCUCAGCUACUAAAAAUGAAGUAACCAGAACUUUAGCACAAAGGAAUCAGGAUGAUAUUGACAAAAGCAGCCCAAUUACCCCAUUAUAUCCUUCUGAAGUGAACUCUGGCCAUGUAGCAGAAUCAGAACGUACAGACUGCUUAAAUGUAAACUUAAAUUCUGUGAUGCUAGGAAUAUCAGAUAAAAACCUGGAUUUUUCUACAAUUGACCAUGAAGACUUGAAUGAAUCUUGUAUUUUGGAUGCAUUUGAACCAAACCAUUUCACUGAAAUGCCAGAUAAUCAGAGCUUUGAUGUUCAAAAUCUAUGUUCAUGGGAAAAUCGUAGUGUCUCUGGGGAAAGUGAAUCAUCGUAUUCAGAAACAGAAUGCACCAGUGGAUACAUGAAAAGAUGAAUCCAUGAAAAGUGACACAGCUUCCACUGUUCCUCCCUUUGAAAGGCACUUUUGGGGAGCAGUAAUUCAGACCAGACAAACAUUAAGCUCUUUCUUCCAUUUCUUCAUUCCAAGUUAACCCUAAAAGGAUCAUGAGAUUCAGUUACACAAAAACAGUGUUGGCACUUUACUAUCUGAAUUUAUAUUGCAUGAAGAACUUGGUUCCUAUGGAUACCAAAAUAUAAUGUAAUUACAUAGUUUUUUGUACAGAGCUGGAGCUACAGUUUAUACUGAUAUUGUGAUUGGCAGACAUUUUUUCAAAGUUGUGUGUCCUGCCUUCUCCAAAUUAAUGUCUUCAUGAUGUGCUCUAGCUGGGCAUUCUAGAAUCUGCACCUCUGGCAUAUCAAGAAGCAAUCAGGUCUGGACUUUACUUCUCCUUCAUACAUCUAAUGCAUAUAUUUGUCCUGCUGUUUUAGAAAUCUAAAAAUUAACUGCUUUUUCUUGUCUUGUAUUUAUUAUUUUGUUUUUAACAACCUUAAACUUAGUACAUGACUUUAUUGCAGGGCAAUUUACUUUCCUGUGAUUCACUUAAAAACUGUGGCAAGAAAGGUUGCAAAAUAGGGCAAAUCUUACUUAACAACUGUAUUAUUCAG